AUGAGUAUGGAAGCACAAUUCUACGAAGCUCGACGUCGUCAAAGUUUCAUUGAACGACGUCAAUCAUUUCAAAAUCUAAAUGAAAUAACUAAACCGUCUCAACAACCUGAAUAUGCAACUUUACAUAUCCCUGUUCGUCUAUCACAUCAUGAUAAUAAACAUGGACGAUGUACAUGUAUUCCUAUGCGUCGUACUAAAUUAGUUACUAGUGAUCAAUCUUUAUACAAACGAGAUCGAGAUAUCUAUCCUCGACCGCCACCUUUAACAACAAGAAUAAAACGACAUGUUCAACAUGCUAAACUUCAUCAUCGAUUUUCUUCAACUGAAUACCUUCAACAAUGGUAA